AUGUAUGUUACUCAAUACCGGCCUCUUUCGUUGGUUGUAGUAAGAAUUCAACUCUUUGAGCCUAAAACUCAAGAUCUAGAUAUGAAUUCAAUGGCUGCUCUUAGGUCUAUGUAUCUUGCCUUCCCAAAUUCAUCACCCUUUGUAUUGCACUCGGCGAUCUCGAGUAACGGGCCUGGUGGUGGUGGUAGCGGCAACUCCACUAUAAAUAGUAUUCUGUUUUCUCUCACAUCAACGCUUUCGGCUAUCGGGAGGCCUAUUUCAAUCAAACCAUCAACUGAUCUUCCGACAAGAGCCCUACAUACAAUAUCUGUUUUGAAAGGUACAAGCUCUCGAGGCUCGACUUCCCUUGGAGCAUGGUCAAUAUUUGCUGACGGAAUAGAUGUUUCGCCUCUAAACCCUUUCGUUGGUAAUAGAGCUUCUCGCAAGGUCAAAAAGCUCGAAUUUCCGACAACUAAUGAUGCAAAAACUAAAGAAAUGCGAUCUAAAAUGGCACGGAUUUUGUUUACUGGAAGUGAUGCCAAAUCAGAGGAGAAAUACAGAUCAAGAGGUCCGCUGCCUAUGGUGGAAAUAAAGCUUAAUAGACCAUACGACCAAGAGGAGAGUGAGCUGGAUAGUUUCCAACCUAAAAUUACACUGCGCUUAGAGGGAGAUGAUGUUUUUGCAGGCAUAUUUCAACUUGCAGUCGAUGGAGCAAUUGAUGUCACUAAUAUCCCUGGUUGGAUGACUGGUGAAGAGGGGUCAACAACUGUGUACAUUGGACGCACCGUUACCAUAUGA